AUGGUGGGAACACAGGCACUGGGUUGCCAUUUGGAUGCAAUACCUGCUGAAUUCUCUUGCAACAAGAGGUGUUUGUCUUUCGAGUCUACUGGAUUUUGUGCUGUCUGUAAGUGUGCACACAUUUCACGUGCUGAUGGUCAACAGCACAGUAAAGAAUUUGAAGCUAUCAGUGUCCUGAGGAAAGUUCCUGUGCUCCGAGAGGGAAGCUUCAUCUUGAACGAGAGUGUGGCCAUCCUGUUAUACCUGACCCGCAAAUACAGCACCUCCAUCUACUGGUACCCGCCUGAUAUGCAUAUUCGGGCCUCCAUUGAUGAAUACAUGGCCUGGCAGCAUGAAGGCAUACAUAUUAUCAUGGAAAAGAUUCUAUGGACAAAGUUGCUGAUCCCAAUGAUUACGGGGCAGGAAGUGCCAAAGGAGAGGAUGGAUGAUAUACUGAAGCAAGUACAGACCAAGAUCCAGUUGUUUUGCGACCACUUCUUGAAGGAUAAGCCAUUUAUAACAGGGGAGAUCAUUUGUGUGGCCGAUCUGAUGGCUGCUGUGGAGAUGAUGCAGCCAGUGGGUGCCAAUUAUAAUAUCUUCCUUGGCAAACCCAAGCUCAACGCAUGGCGCCUGCGAGUAGAGAAAACCAUAGGCUCCAGACUCUUCCAGGAGGCUCAUGAGAAACUGCUAAAAAUCAACAAAUGGGAUCCAUCCGUUUUAAAGCCCAGUGUGAAAGAAAAGAUCCUUAACAUGAUGCAGAGUAUAACCGAAUGAAUGGAGAAAGUCGUUUUAACAUGGGCAGGUCCUCUGGGAGCGGGAAGACCUUGGUUGGCUGGAGGGCUUAGGGGUAUUGUCCAGAUCCUAAAGACUAUGGUAGUCCCAUCCUUCUCUUAAUAAAGAGUUGGUGUCUGGGCUACAACCCAGUGAGGAGUCUUGGCCUUUGCUAGCAGGCUUCUCCAUGUAGCAUCACCUAGGGGUCUCAUCUGACAAUUGAACUUGGGGAGGGUCAUUUAGGAGUAAUAGAAAAGAUAGGAGAAGUGGAGGGAAUAGCAGGACUCCUCCAAGAACUGACUGGUUCCCUCCUUCAAGAGGAAAGGCCACACCUAGCUGGUGAGAGAUUUGAUUUAAAUCACCUGAGUAACAACAAGAAGAAAACAGUGGGGGUAAUAGAGCUUGUGGGUAGGAAAUAAGCAGAGUGUGCCUAUCCUGGCAUCUCCAGAAGAGGCCAAGUGAGCCCCUCCCCUCCCUGCUCUUUCCAGAAGGAGUUCCCAAAGGUUCCCAGCACAAGAUGUGAAUGCUCCCAUCAUCCUAGAUUGUUGCUCUGUUCAAACGAGAUUGGUGAUGACAGUUGGUUCCUGUGUGUUUAAUUAUCAUGCUUAGGCACAGGUCUCCCAAAGUGAUCUAUCCAACCCUAUUCCCUCUCUUAAGCUAAAUGUUGCACCACCAUCUACCAUAUCCUAGACUUCUCCACCUGGAGGUUCUGCAGACAUCACAAAGCUCAGGCCAGUCCUCAUCCCCACCACCCCACCUCUGCUGUUGGCAUCCCUCUCAAUUUGCCCUCUAUUUCCUGUUUGUUCACAUGUUAUCCACCUGAAGGAACAUAUGCUCCUAUGGGACAAGAAUUGUUUGAUUGACGUCUUUGGCAACUAGGUGGAAUUGUGCGUGGAACUUGGAGUCAGGAAGAUCAGAAUUUGAAUCCUGCCUUACACACUAGCUGUUCGUUUGACCCUUAGCAAAUCAUUUAACUUUGCCUUGGUUUUCUCACCUACGAAAUGGAGGUAAGAAUAACUCCUCCAAGGAUGCGGAUCAAAUGAGAUAUUUGCAAAGAUAAUAUUUCUAAAGGCUUUACAAACCUUAAAGGGCUACCUAAUUGCUGGCUAGAUAAAUAGCUAGCUAGCUAGCUAGCAGUAGUAGUAGUAGUAGUAGUAGUAGUAGAAGCAGCAGCAGCAGCAGCAGCAGGACACAUCAUAGGAUCUUGCCCAGAGUAGGCACUUAAUAAAUGUCUUGUUGAAUUCAAGUUAAUUGAAGUGGGUAGUAAUUGCCUACAACAACAUAUCCAAGAGACAAUAAUUCAUUGAAGGAUUCUUGCAUGCUCAAGGAUUUCCACUGUAAUGGGGCACUGUUUCUUUGGGGAGUGGCCAAGGUCCUUCAGGCCUACAUCUCUUCUCUCCCUUUUUUGCACCUCUCAAAGAACUCAUCCCUGGGAUAUUCUUGGGGACAGGCUCUUUUAAAGUCAUGUGAAACAUUACUCCAACUACCAUCCCAACUACACACAGAGAUAGGUGUUGUUGCAAAAUACAGAACAUGGUGCUCCAUGCUUUAUAUAUGUUUGCUGACCAAACUAAGCUGAAGUUCCCUCUGUAUCAAGCAGAGUCUCAAGUUGUAACAGCAUUUGAUUGCCCAUAGUUGCCUUCUUGGGUGGUACCUUGGUUGCUUCCAAGCAGCUGCCAGGCUUUCUCAAGACAUACUCCCACCUUCACCAGCCCUAAGCACAUUUUCCAUGCCUUUGUCAGGGAUGGCUUCAACAUUCUGAUUCAGGAUGCAGGGCAGGAAAAAAUAUAAUUAAUAAAUAUUAAGUGCCUACUAUGUGCCAGGCACCGUUCUAAGCCCUGGAAGCUCGUAAAGAGGCCAAAGACAUUUCUUGCCCUCAAGGAGCUUACAACCUAAUGGAAGAGAAUCCUGGAGUACUUAUUCCCCAUUAACUCACCCCUGCAGCCAGGGUUAUACCAAGGAACUCCAAACUAUUAGAACCCGAGAGGUGCCAGCCCCCUGAGGACUAUUAGAGCCAAUGGCCCUUUUUUGAGAACUAUUGGUUCAUAUUCUUUAGCCACUCAUUUAUUGAGGAAAACCUCUUGGUCUUGUAUUAUUUUCCUAUAUAUCUUGAAUAUCAGAGCCUAGCACCUGUGACUUAUCCCCCAAUAGACUCCAAGUUCCAUUAAUGCAAAGACCAUAGUUUAUAUCAACUUUAUUUGUCCCCUACAACCUAUAACAAUUCUCUAUAAACAGCAGGAACUUAAUAAAAUAAUUGCCCAAAGGAACUGAGUCAAAGGGUUUUGAAAAGAAAUUUUUGCAGGCUUUCCAGUGAUGUAAAACAUUUUUUCUGUAAACACUAAUAAUGCCUUUUCCCAGAUGGCAGAGGUGGGACAGGGACAUGAUGGAGAAUUAAGGCAGUGUAGGUGGUGGGAAAGAGAAACCUGGAAAAGCUAAUUGAUGUUAGGUCAAUAAUAUACUAAGUAAAUACUAUUAUAUUAAUAACCAAUUAUUAAUUCUGAUCUACCUUUUCUCCCUUCUAUUUUCUGUAAUGGCCCAAUUCCUGUUAAGAUCAGUCAGUCUCUGAAGGGCAUUGCUUUCAAUUUUGGGUCAGCCCCCAUCUAACUAGAAGACCUAAUUUCUGUCUAGAGUAUAAAGAGAAUCCAGUUUGAGCUAGGAAGGAA